GUCUAUUCUCCUUUUCCACUGCAAUUCAUAUAAGUAGGAACCCAGUCCACGCCCUCGGUGUCAAGUCCCACGGAAAGCUUGGAAGGGAGGGAGAAAUCUAAGCUCUAGAGGAGAUGGGAAGAGCCCCAUGCUGUGAGAAGGUGGGGCUAAAGAAAGGGAGGUGGUCGGCAGAAGAAGAUGAGCUAUUAAUGAAGUACAUCAAAGCUCAUGGAGAAGGCUCUUGGAGAUCACUGCCAAAGAAUGCAGGCUUGCCAAGGUGUGGAAAGAGCUGCAGACUGAGAUGGGUGAAUUACUUGAAGACUGACUUGAAGAGGGGUAACAUCACGCAAGAAGAAGAGGAAACCAUCAUUAAGCUUCGCUCUUCCUUGGGAAACAGGUGGUCGGUGAUAGCCAAGCAUCUCCCUGGGAGAACUGAUAAUGAGAUAAAAAACUACUGGAAUUCCCACCUUAGUAGGAAAAUCCACUCCUUUCACGAUGCCGAUGGUACCCGAGUUAUUGUUGGCCUCACCACGAUCGGUAGCAGCGGUGGAAAGCAAAAGGGUGGUCGGACAAGGAGAUCAGCAAUGAAGAUCGGCACCACUUGCUGGAGCAAGAGGAAGGGAAACCAUGAGAGAAAUGGUGAACAUCCAAUUUCCUUUGUCCAUGACAGGGAAGGUGAGAGCAUGGUUUGUAACCUGGACCAUGACAAGAGAAGUUCUACAGAAUUGGUUAAUCUUGAUGAAGGGGUGGUGUUUGAAAGUGGUUUAAUUGACUUCAAUGAGCAGAUGAGCCCAAGCCUUUUUGUAGACAGCGGAUUUUGUACAAAUAAUGAGAUUGAGGGUGGGCUUUUUGGUGCAAGUCACGACAGUGGGACCAUGAACUUAAGUGAAGAGAGAGAUGCAAAGGACAGUAUCCUUAAUGAUGAUGGGGAAGGUGUUAACCCUUGUUCAAAGGAAGGGAGGGAAGGGGAAGUGGUGGCUUUGGAUUGGGAGGAGAUGAUGUGUCUGGAAGUGGAUAAUUUCUUGAAUUGGGAGGGGAUGUGGGAUGGACCAAGAGAAAUGUGGCCAUGUUUAUGGGAGUCUGAUGGUGGGAAGUCUGAUUGCCAAGAGGUGUGAUCACGUGUGACAAUUUUUUUGCUAGGAGGCUUCUUUCAAAUGUCUCAAAAAUGGCAUGUGGACCAGAGACUGCUUAGGGAGCUUGAGAAGAUUAUUUCAAAACUUUUGCUUAUGUCUUAUUGUAUGUUUUGUUCAAGUGGCCUGUCUAGUUGGUUCCAUCUUCCAACCAGAAAGAGAAUUGUAAAUAUCUAGUAAUGCUAGAGACUAGGAACUUUUAUA